AUAAACUUAUUAAAUAGAUUGUUUGAUGCAAAUAGUUAGUGAUGUGCGCUGUGCGCCCAGGCGUCACAAUUUGGGCAUUCACUUCGAGGGCAUUCUAUACCAGCGACGAAUGCGAAGCAUCUCAGAACUCAUCUUCCGCAAUGUCUCCUGUCUGCAGACUAGAGGAAAUCACUCGAAACACAUCAACGUCUGCUUCAAGUCUUUAUCUGGCAGUUUGUUGCAUUAUAGUAGGAAAUUAGACAAGCGAAAAGAUUUCAUCUACAGAAACUUCAAGUUAUCAGACACAGAAUAUGACAAUUUGUUGUCUACCAAGUCGUUUCUUCUUGAGUUGUGCGAUGGAAACAGUGAGGUGGGGCUGCACUGGUGGAAAAUAGACAUUGACAAGCUGCUGUUCAUUGGCUCCUCCAUACAGAGUGGAGGAAGCAUGGAGAUGAUGGACUUGCAGCCGACUGAGUUCGUGGGCUCCUCCAUCUACUAUCUGUCCCAGCUGCAGUUCAAACCCAACAGUCUAGUGUUGGUCUUCAAUGACUCAUACUAUUGCAGUCCAGACUCUAUCCAAAAUAUUGGUGCUUUCAACAGUUCUACCAUCUAUCCGAAAAUCGAACCUCCGCUGCUGAAGCACUUGAGUGAGGUGAACUUCACCCAAGACAAAUUCAAAGUGCUAGACGACCACAGAUUGCGACUGAUUCACACUAACGCAUUAGUAGUGCAGCAGAAGCGAAAGGAGAGGAAUAGUUUAUUAGCGCAAGUGAACAGUUUAAUUGGGCAGUUUGAGAGCAUGCAGAAGAAGUUGGAACGGAUCGAGUAUUUGUCUGGCAGGACGAAUACCAUGAUGGCUGAGAAGACCAGACUCAUUUGUGAGAAUCAGAACUUCAAGUUCUCUCAGGAGGAGAAAAGACGAGAGCUCUCACAUAUCGAGCUCAACAGAGAGAGUAUGCGUGUGGAAAACAAGAUCUGUUCACAAACAGUGUCGGAAGUGAAGAGCAAGCUCAGCAGAGUGCAGCACAAGUUCAACUUAGUGAGGAAAAAGAAACAGCUGGUACGAGGCUACAUCCUCAACGAACUGCAAUCCAUUUUUAGCAUCUCAGAGAAGUUGCACUCGCCCCUCGAUUCAAAAAUUGGCAGAUUCGGAACCAUCCUCAACAAACUAACUGCCUCAUCCAGUCAAAGAUCGAGUUCCAGUUUGCCCAGAGACGGUCAUGCAUCAUCUGACGACACACACUGGUACAUAUGCGGACUGUGGCUGCCCAAGUCGGAGGUGUUUGACCCCUGCUACAGGCAGCAGGCCACUGCGAGGAAACUGAAGCCCAUAGAUGCCUCGAAGGUGGACGAUUUCGAAAUUGUGACUGCUGUGUGCUAUGUUGCGUGGGUGCUAGUUAUCAUUUCUCAGGUGUCGGCGACAGUGCUGAGGUACCAGAUAGACAUGUGCUCAUUUCCCUCCAGGUGGUACAUAGUGGACAACCAGAUAGACCUGAAGGACUACAGAGAGAACAGACAGUAUGACCUGGUGCUAGACAGGAAGCUCAGGGUCAAGGACGACUUCAGGUUUCUGCACGCGCUCUUUUGCCUCAACAAGAACAUUGGGCAGUUGAGGUACAAGUUGAACCUGACCUCCGGCUGCUUCACCAUACACAAGACACUCAGAGACCUCAGCUCCGUCCUCAAGUUCCUCUCCAACAGGGGAAGACUGCAGGCUGCAUACGAAAAGGUGCGAACUGCCUCCUCCUCCGUUCCGAUGGGAAGAAGUCUUCUUCCAUCCACCCCCUCCAUAGACUCCCUCAGUGUGGCCUACUGUGACUCCACCUCAGCACCCAGCCACCACCACAGUCAACAACAGCACCACUCCUCGUCCAAACUCUGCAUAUCUCCCAGCACGAGAGAAGCUGCCAGGAAGUUCUCGGCAGUAGAAAUAUCAUCCAAAGCCUCCAGCUGUGUUCGACCGAACAAUGGAAGUGAGAGUAAUCUAGACGCAGACCUAGAAGCCAUGUUGUCCCAGCCUCAACAGGGCAAUCAUGCUUACUCGGGGGGCGACAGUAAUGGUGAUCAAAGUGCAAAUGGAGACGUCUUACACAUGCCUAACGGAGCAACCAAGUCCUACCCCAACAUUUUCAUAUCUAACUUUUCCACGCAGCAGCAGCCUAACCAGAAUAGUUCAAUGAUGUAUAAUUUGAAUGAUAGCAUAGCAGAGGUCAAGUUUCGACUCCCAGGAGUAGCCAAUGGAGCUUCUGCAUUCUUUCAGGAGCAAGAAGGGGACGAAGAUGAAGACAGCUCAGAAGAGGAAGAAGAAGACGAGAUGAUUUCGAGUGCUGCUGCCAUUGCCAGUUAUCAGAACAGACAGCAGAUACUGCAGCAGCAGCAACAGGCUAGGAGUGCAGCUCUAAGAACCUCCAGAUCCAGGAGUCCAGUUUCAUUACCAUCAGUCGCAUCGCAAUCCGAUUUGGUGUCUUCCAGUGCAGCCACUCAAAAUGGACUGUCCUCCCCCUCCUCCGUUACUGAUGUUACAACCACAGGACACCACGUUGAAUUUCCAUCAUAACACACUCAGAUGCUGUUUUGCUAAGUUGAAACAUGGAAAAAUAAUAGUUAUUUAAUCGAUUUUGUUGCUGUA